UCAAGGCGGAAGCAGCAAAGUUAACGAUUUCUAUUGAAUGUGGCUGAAAAUUUCAUAGAGAUAAUCGCCGAUAAUGUAAGGUAAAUGGAUAGCGCAGUCAAAGUACCCACAGUUAGUUAAAUUUACGGUGUCUGUAGUCCUCCUAAAGGGAAACUGCUUCACUGGUAUUUUAUCGCAGUGAUGUCUCGAGUCGUAAAGAAAUCUCCAUCAGUUUGUACGGACCUUCCCCUGGACAACACUGACAUUUGUAACAAGCUUAGUCUUCUGAAGCAGCUUCUGAUAUCAUGCUUUGGUCCUGCAGGUAGAUUGAAACAAAUUCAUAACAACAUCGGGGGGCGUGUUAUCAGUACGUCCACCUCCUCAGUACUCCUUUCAGCCUUGUCCUCGUCACAACCUUUUAUAAAUCUAAUAAGAACUUCAGUCCUCAACCACGUGUCUCGUUUUAAUGACUGCGGUUUGUUUACUGCCAUUCUCUGUCUGACUCUUCUUGAACAAGCCAAGCAGUCUGGACUCAGAAGAAACGUGUCCAUCAUAGUAAACAAGCACCUGCUGGGUCUGUGCACCAGUUACCUUCAAGGACAAAACUGUGGAUGUAAAGUUAAACUGGACUUCUGCAGCAGUCAGUAUUUCAUCACUUUAGCUUUUAGUGUCAUCUCCAGCAAACCUGCAUGUGUGCUAACCGAGCCAGAAGCCCUUCACAUCAGCAAAUUGGCUGUCCAAGCUUUUUUGCUGACUGUUCCCUGUAAUAACACUGGUGUUGCCAGGCUUGGCAAGACACUGACUGUCUGUGUUGAAGGUCAUCCUGUUCUAGACUCUGCAGUGUUUCCAGGUUUGCUAGUUGACAUGCCUGACAUCUUCUUCCUUAAUGCAGAAAAUCUACAUGGUAGAUCACUAUGCACUGUGUUGUUUAGUGCAUCUCUUGCUGGGGACCUUUGUGAACUAGGAGACGGGAACAUUGAGUUGCAUGGUGAUGCAGAUACAGACUCACAGAUCCUUGAUCAACUCCUGGAGCUGGGAAAACAGGUAGUUCAAGAUGGAGUGAAUCUGUUUGUAUGCCAGAAGGUCAUCCACCCAGUCCUACAGCAGUAUCUGAGGGGGCAAAGUGUCACAGUGAUAGAGAGACUGGGAAUUAGUCUCAUGGAGUCACUUUCUCAGCUGGCAGGAGCCCAACCUGUGGCCACAUUACAUACCAGAAUCCCACCCAAGGCUUAUGGGAAGGUAAAGGAACUCACUAUUAAGCAGUUUGGAUCCAAGACAAUGCUGCAUAUACAUCCAUCUGGGGAGUCUGCAAUUUGCACAAUGAUCCUCUGUCACAGGAAUGACACAAUGUUAAGUGAGUUAAAGGUGGUGUGCCAGAAGACAGAGCAUGUGUUAAGGCUCACCCUAAGGGAACCAUGUGCCCUCAUGGGAGGUGGGUGCACUGAGACCCACCUAGCUGCUUACAUCAGAAAUAAGUGCAUAAAAGAGGUGAUAGAGUCUGCAUCACUGUUAGGCUGCUCACAGACUGAGUACCUGCUCGGAGCAGAGGGAUUCUGUCGCUCUCUGGAGUCGGUGGCUGCAGCGUUGGAUCACAAAUGCGGGAAUUCUUUAACCGAUCUGACUCAUGCUCACUAUUGGACUCUUCCUGCAGAUGUGGUGGAAGACCACAUGGAGAAUAGUUUGGGUGUCUGUGGCUGUGGAUUAGUGGAAAGUUGUCCAAGUAAGAAGUGGACCUAUCUAAACACCAAAUACCCAGAAUUCUCCCCUGCACCUGUGUCUAAAGGCACUCAUCUGCAGGUACGAGUGCUUGACUCCUUCACAUCUAAACUCAGUGGACUGCAGGUUGCUGUAGAGACUGCUAAUCUUGCUCUGGAUGUUCAAUAUAUAAUUCAAGAUACAAAUUAGAAGAAUUUGCAUUUCAUCCAGUGUAGAAUUAUGUUUGUACUGAUGACUGAAUGCUAUUUUUUUUUUUUAUUCACUUAAUUUUGGCACAGACAGAAAAUCAAUUAGAACCUUGGAGCUGGAGUGGGUCAUAGUCCUGUUUGUUUACCUUUGCAUUAUGUUAUUUAUUUGUAGUUUACAUCGUUUUGUUACUUAUUAUACUAUAUAAUAUAAAUUAUACUACAUAAUUCAACAGAGUUAAUCUCUCUAUUUGGUAUAAUUUCUGAAUUUCUCAGGUCAAUUUACCAGCCUUGUUCUCCACCUAUAUGUGUACCUGCACUAUGGUUUCAUCAAGCAGUCCUGUUGUAGUUCACCAUUGUUAACACUAGGUGGGGCUGCAAGGUUACAAACAUUUUUUUGUAUAGAGGACUAAAAUGCCCUCAGCACAUGGUUGUGGUAAUUUUCCACUCUUUUUUUCUUUGUUUCAACAAUGUUAAAACCCAGUGACUAACAAGCAACCUCACCAGUGGUACCUCAGUAUUCAGUGUUUUAUGACAUUUUGUAGUUUGUUGUUAUAUUCAGUAGAAAAUAGGUCACUGUAUAGUUUUUGUAUGUACAAUUUGUUAAAUGUUCAUUUGAAUUUGCAAAAUCUUUCCUUGUGCAUCACUAGAUUUAUAUUUAAAAAAAAAUGCAUGAAACAUUUUUAUACAAUGUUCUCUUCUAAUCUGAAAUAAAAUGAGUGUCAUUUCUGA